AUGGAUUCUGCGCAUCACAGACUCAACGAGAGCGAGCCAGUGCCUGCUAUUGGUGUGUUGAGUCAAAGGACGUGGGCUGUCGCUACCUCUUGGAGCCUUUGGCUCAGAAGAUUUCGUUCUUCAUCCGAGCCGGUCCUUGCAACGCAAGCAGGAGUGCAGCAGCUGGUGGACCAAGCAGUGCGACAGCUGUUUGAAGGCUUAUUUCGUGAGGCCUCAGAGAAGCAGCGGCAGCGAGCCGCACUGGGCAUCCAGGCUACCGGAGCCAAGGCCAACCGUGAGGCUUUGUACCUCGAUCGAGAACAUCGUGAUCGAUGGGAGAAGUUGGCCCGCAGUUUCUUGGAGAGAGCGCUGGAACGGAUGCAGGCCUCUGAAGCAGCUGAUGUUAGCCAACUUCGGCGGCACGCAGCCUUGCAGCAUUUUCUGGAGGUAGACGUUGCUGACCUAUACCUUCCUCCGCACAAGAGGUGCAGUGAGGACACAUACAUGGAUGAGCCGCUGCAGGACGUGUGUGUGCAAUUCCUGAUGGAUGUUACGCGUGGGGUCUACGUGGUUCAGGGCGUGCGGUACGACUUUGAGGCAGAGUUGGUCAAGUCUGGGCUAGAUGUCGAGCAUCAAAGCCUGGAAGUCGAAAGUCUUAAAGAAACCUUUGCUUUUAAUGUAGCGGUGGACGUCCGACGCCAGCUGGCAGAGUCCGACGCCGGACACAUGGGACAGAGGUGCUCCAACCAGCUGGUGCAAGCUGCCACAGCUUUGUUAACCCAGUCGGGCCUCGCCAAUAUUGAACGGGCCUGUGGUGACCACAUCAUCGUCAGUGGAGGUGACCAGGAGCUGUUUUUCGAGCUGAAGCAAGGGCCGCCUAGAUGUUGGGACCUAGUCCUCUCCUGCAAGAAAUCCAACUUCACCAGCUUCAUGCUCGGCUCGCGGAGCGAUGAAGCAGAGGUUCUGAUCUGUGCCCCCAGCUCUCACAUCACCAGGUUUGCCUUGAUUCGCCUUGCGGCAAGCGACAACGACCACUUGCAGCCGAUCUCGGUGGAGGUGCUGGAUUUCCGCUCCGAGGUGGAACUUCAAGACCAGUUGGGGAGGCCAAUCUCCCUGUUUCCAGAUUUACAGGGUGGCCAGGGCCGUGCCGAACUCCUCGUGGCCUUGGCUAUGAGGCCGCUGCACCUUCUCAGGAGAUUGCCGAUGCGCUGUGCGAUGCGCUGUGUCUCCAGUGCACGCUGGGCACGUGCAUCUGCAAGAAGUUCCUGGGCUGGUUUGACGCAGAACGAGCGGGGCUGCAAUGACUCGGGCGCGGUGCAGUUGCGGAUGAUGCAGCCUUGA